GUGCCGAAUGCCUGUAAGAAUUUCUUGGCUUUAGCGGCUUCGGGCUACUAUGAUGAUACGAAAUUUCAUCGUUUGAUUCCGGGGUUUAUGGUACAGGGUGGAGAUCCUACUGGGACGGGAAAAGGUGGGGAAAAUUGGGAAGGCGGAAAACAAGCUGAUGAAUUCGUGUCGAGCGUUAAGCACGAUCGCCGCGGUAUAUUGAGUUUCGCAAACAAUGGACCAGACAGUAUAGGAUCGCAGUUCUUCAUAACUUUUGGGAGGCAACCGCAUUUAAAUGGAGUGUAUACCGCGUUUGGAAGGCUCAUUGAUGGUAUGGAUACGCUGAUGAAGAUUGAGCAGGUUCCUGUGGGGAAGAAGCACAGACCUGUUGAGGAUAUUUAUUAUCGUCACCAUCGUGAGCGGUCUGGGCGACGAAGAGAGUUGAAAAGCGAGGACGAGGAAAGGAAAAGGGAGUUUCCGAGAGGCGCGAAAAGGGAAAAAUCUGAGGAAAACUCGGAGGAAAAGAAGAUAGAAAAAGAGAAACCCAACUUUGAAGUAUCGGGAUUGCUAGCAGAGGAGCAGAAUAGUAAAAACGGCAUCGCGCUGAUGUUCUCUCAACCAGCAGAUGCUACUAUGCCGACUGACGCAUGGAGACUUCCGUUGAAGAGUAAAGAGGAGAAAAAGGACGCCGAUGAAGAUGAGGAAAUUGACUUUGACGUGUACGUUGAUGACAAGUAUGAGUACCGUCAUGUGAUUCUACCAAAACGCAUUGCCAAGGAGAUGUUCAGAAUAUUCCAAGCGGAAGCUCAGAUGAGGGGGAGACCGACAGCGGAGCCGAGGUUGUUGUCGGAGUCGGAGUGGAGGGGUUUGGGAGUACAGCAGAGUCGUGGAUGGGUGCACUAUGAGAAUCACAGGCCGGAGCCGCAUAUUCUCCUUUUCCGUCGACCCUUGGGUACCAACCCGUUGACGGGCCAAGUCGACAGAGCGCCGGGAGAGAUGCAGCCGCCUCCCCAGGCGAACAUUGUGAGAUGA